AUGUACGAGACGACGAUGGAGGCAAAGCAGGAGAUGCCCAAAAAGGCCCCGGUGACUACGAUCAUCGAUGACGAGCUCUCCCACUUACCUCACGUCCAGCUCCCCUGCUUCACUCCACGGCCAGCUCUCCCUCUCCCCUUCACCGGCCCCUGCCUUGUCCGCUUCUCCCCAAGUCCGAUGAACCACAGCACCGUGUCUACGUUCGUCAUCCUGGGCCUGUCCAACUGCCCCGAGAUGCGGCCCCUACUUUUCUCCAUCUUCCUGUGCGUCUACCUGGUGGCCGUGCUGGGAAACAGUUUCAUUGUGGCCGCGGUCUCUCUCAGUGCGGCCCUCCACAAGCCCAUGUACUUCCUUCUGCUGGCCCAGGUCCUGAUGGACGUCGUGUGCACCUCCUUUAUCGUUCCCAAGCUGUUGGAGACCACGCUGACGCCCCAGAAAACCAUCAUCUAUGGUGGUUGCAUGGUCCAGCUCUUCUACACCUGGUCCCUGGAGUCCAAGAUGGUCCUAUUCAUCGCCGUUGCCUACGGCCGCUACGUGGCCAUCUGCUUCCCUCUCUCCUACAUCACCAUCAUGAGCCGGCGGACGUGCUCCGCCCUCCUCGCCGACGUCCUCCUCUUCGCUGUCACCGACGUCUGGGUGCACACGGGCCUCAUUCUCCGGCUGAACUUCUGCGGGACGGACGCCGUCACCCACUUCUUCUGUAAGAUCUCUGCCCUGCUGGCCAUCUCCUCUAGCCCCGUCCAGGCCAACGAAGUAAUGGUCUUCAUGGCCGACAUCGCCCUGGCCAUGGGGGACUUCCUGCUGACCUGCCUCUCCUACAGCGUCAUCGUGGCUGCCAUCCUCCGCAUCCAGACGGCUGAAGGCAUAAGGAAGGACGUCCCCAUCAUCUACACCUACAUCUGUCCCGCCUCCUCCUACUCCUUCGAGAGGGACAAGGUGGUGGCGGUCACGCUGACCCUAAAUCCCAUCGUCACAGCCUCCAGAACAGAGAGAUCCAGGCAGGCGUCUGGAAGGAUUGCCUCCCACGGAGGCCACGAACCCCGUCUCACGAGAGGCAUGCGGGUCCAAGAGGGCCAGACAUGGCUAAGGGCCCCUCCACAGAGCAUGAUGAGAGUGUUAGUUCGCUACGUGGUGGUGAAGGCUAUCAGGAAGGAAUAUCACUCUCAGGAAGGAAGAUCACUCCCAGAAAUCUUUGGAUACACAUGGCUGCGGGCCAUGCCAUGA